AUGCCACCGAGUUUGGAAGGACCAAGACGGGGACAACCCAGAAGAAAUCAAACUGGGCCAGAAAAUGCAUCAAAUGCCCCGCCAACCCAGCCAAUCGAUCCUAACAUUACGGCAACAAUCCACCAAAUUAUGUCUGAAAUGCUACCAAGUUUGGUAGCACAAACUGUAGAAGCACUCCGUCAAUCUGACGACGGUGAAGACCCAAACCUUGUGAACCAACCAUCAGAGACUCAAGGUCAAGGAACCGACACUGGGGGUAAUUCCCAAGAGAUUCAUCUAUGGCUUGAACGAUUUCACAAACAGAAACCUCGAGUUUUUAUUUUGGCAGCUACUCCAGUCGAUGCCGAAGAUUGGAUCAUACAUUUGGAAAAGAUAUUUCGAGUUUUGGGUUGCCCAGAUCAUAUCCGUGUUGAAUUGGCAAUAUAUAAAUUGGAAGGUGACGCCUACUGUUGGUGGCACGUGUGGAAACAGGCCCAUACUGGGGUGGUUGAUAUUGGGUCUCUAACUUGGGAAGAAUUUAAGGAGCUCUUUUAUCAGCAGUAUUUCUCCAAUUCUGACAAAGAUGCGUAUGGUCGAGAAUAUGCUACUAUUCGUCAGCGAGAUGAUGAGUCUAUCUCCGACUAUAUGGCCAGAUUUCUGCGUUUGGCCAGUUAUGCGGGUAUCAUUGCGGGUAUUGCAUCAUAUCAAACUGAAAAAUUCAAAUGGUCACUUAAUGGAAAGUACAGAUCAAAGUUGAUCAAUCAAAAUUUUACUACAGUUGCUCAGGUUGUUGACGCCGCGCGAAAUAUAGAAAGGGAACGACUCGACACCAUUCAGUUCAAGGGUGAUAAAGAUAAAAAGCGAAAGCAUGACGGGUCAUCGGGAAGUUUCAACAGGUUUAAGUCAGACAAUUCAGAUAAAAGGAGAUUUGGUGGUAGCAAAUUUUCAGGGUCAUCUCAGAGUAUUACAAGUUCAAAUCCUUCGGUCACGACUCCCCCAAUUGUUUGCAAAGAAUGUAAUCUACCACACCGACCGAGUCCGUGCCUUCGGAUGACCGGUUCAUGUUUUAAUUGUGGUCAGCGAGGUCAUCUGGCUAACUGGAUUAAGUCUAAAUUGGACAAAGCUUGUCCGGAUUACUCAUAA